AUUGAUUCAGCUUGCUAAUUUGAAAAGAAAGAAAGGGAUGACGAGAUGCGAAAACUAAAGUCGAGAAGAUCCCGUUCCAAAGCUGCGACAUCAUCAAAUCCUGGGAAUAAAGAUGGAUCACGGAGCAAGAAAUGCUGUGAGAAUGUGAAAAAAUCGGCGAACUCGAAGACGAAGUCAAGCUCAAAAAACCAAACUAAGAAGCGGGGACCGUCUCCGGACGAGCUGGAGGAUAAACGGGAAAUGCAUCGAAUCCAUGAGAGGCAAAGACAUUACAGCCUGAACCUGGCCAUCAGGAAAAUAAUCAGUGCACUUCCUACUUGUGAACCCAGUGAACCAGAAACAAAGCACUAUGUGUUGAACAAGACGGGUGAUUAUAUUCAGUUCUUAGAAGACAAGAUAGCAGAUUUAUGCUUGGAUAUGGACAUCGAUCAAACAAAUGAUUCUGGAGAUCUUUCAUUCAGUGCUCCCUUAUAUACUUUGAUAGACGGGUUCCAGAAAGAGAUUCCUGCUGACACACCAGUUUCUGUAGAGUCCAUACAUGAGCUGCUAGCCCGUCUCAACUUCAAGGCAGACAAGUCCUUGACAAGUUUGCCAAUCAAGAAGAAUACAACCAAGAGCAAAACAAGAGCCAUGAAGACAGCACGACAUAAGAAGGAGAGCAUCCGAUAUGAUGACCUACAGGUGGCGGAGAUCAGUAAUGAGUGUCUUCAAGAUGAUGACAUGAAAGAAGAAGAUGUGGAAUCUCUCCUCAGUACAGUGAACACUCAGGACAGUCUGCUAGCAAGCGGCUCCAUGAGUGGGAUGAUCUGCUCUGAGAGUUCCAUUGAAACGGAUGCCUCCCGGACAAGCCAGAUGAACUCGUCUUUUACCAGCUCUAGUUGGGGAACGGGGUCCCUUGACGAUGGUUUCAGCAGCAGCAAGACCACUGAUCAAGAAUCUACACAGGGAAGCUGUGGUUCCAGCUCUAGCCAUGAUCUGCAGCAAGGGGGAGAUUCUCUGGCAGAUCUGAUCAGAUGUGACACAGGGGUGAAAUAUAUCCCAACUCUUUCUGAGGUCAAUCAAAAGAGCAGCCACAUCCCAAACCAGUGGGGUCAGAGGUCAUCCUUGCAACAAGUGGUCCUCCCAGUUCCCGCUAUCUCUUCCCACCUGUUGUCUAUUCCUUUCAUCGACAAGAGAGGACCCAUUUCUUUUCUUUGUCAUGGCGAUGGCAAUCAGGCUGAUUCUACCACUUUCUUGCCACUACAGCAAGAUAAUUGUAAUUUAUCCAGCACCAUUGCUCCUACUCCAUCCAGUCUCCUUCAGCCAUGUCCUGGAAGUGGCGGCACCCAGCAGACUGCCAUUCCUAUGAUCUCUCAAAUGCGACCCCUUCCAAACAGCACUGCUCCUGGCUCACCUCCAGCAAAGAACAUCCUCAACCAAAACCUCGUCCCUGAUCGUGAUCCUAACCCAACCUUUGGCUACAUAAACUGCACCCUCAGCAAUGGCUUAGAUGGCAAAGUGGUUGGUCCAAACCCCGGGAUGUCCUGUACCAGUGUCCAUCCAUUUGACGAAUAUAAUCCACAGGCUUCUCUGUUUCAACCGGUGAGGCAAACCGUUGAAAUCAUCCUAGAUGUUGGAGAUGAUUCAAUGGUGUUGAAGUCCCUCCUUGGACAGCAGUCUUCUUCCAAGAGAUCUGGGAUGGAUGGCUUUGAACUAUUCAUCAAGGUCAAUAUCAAGAGGUUCAAAGAUGGUUGGCCUACAUUGAAAAGCAAAGAGAUCAACAGACUGAUUGGACAAGCAUGGAAUGAAAUACCUGACAAUUUCAAACAGCUUUACGGAAAAAGAGCUUGUGCAUGGAACCUUCGGCAAAAGAAGCAAGCUGGCUUUAAGAGUACCCUGUCAGAUCGAUAAAGGUAUUCACCAUGACUGUUAAACACUUGAAAAUUAGAUCUUUUUUCACCAAUCAGAUGAACAGCUUUAGCAACUGUUGAAUACUGCAGGAAUAGGGGAACAUAUCUGUAAAAAGAUUGAUUGAAGAAAGGAGAAAAUCCCAACAAAGACAGAAUCAAGAAUUUGCAUUUCAAACCAGUUUUUGCAGGUUCAUUGCUUAUAAGGUUAAUAAAUGUUCAGCAAUUUAAAAGUUGUAAUUCAACCAUUCAAACGUAAGUGUGUAUCUUUGUAUGAUGUUUAUCUUCUUACAUAAAUGAAGUGUUUCAAUAGUUUUAAAUAAACAUCAAGAUGUUACUAAAAUAAUUUGUUAUGAAAAUCAUUCUAGUUUGGAAUUGCUUUGCUAUUUGUUGAGUUUUUGUAUUACACGGUUCAAUCAAAGUUACCGGUAUCUUUUGACAAUUUCUGAUACUUCUCAAUAAUGCAUUGAUUUAGUUCAAAUUUAAGUGAAUUUUAUAUCUUUUCAUACUUUUGUAUUCAUGUUCUUGAUCAGUGGUGGCAUAUUGACCUUAACACUUUGUGAUAAUUAUUUUGAUAACUAACAAUUAACGUUAAUAUUCAAUCUUCAGUCCGAUCUUUAUUUUACACAUGCAAAGCUCGUCUAUGUGGAAAUAGUGAAAUAAUGAUUAUUAAAGGUGAAGGAUUGUUCAACAGAUAAGUCUUGAGGCUAAAUUCAUUUGAAUCGAAAAUUAGAAUAUCUGCAUUUAGGCUUCAUGUAAUAUAACGGGAAGUCACUGAUUUUUCUCAAUUGCAAUGAUCAUUAAACCAAAUCAAUUUAUGUUUGGUUCUCCAUUAUUUGUGUGGGUGUGAAUAGUAUGGUCAUAUAAAAAACAAUCAAAUCUGAAAAGUACUUUGAAAUGAAAGCAUGUAGCAUUCAUUUGCUGAAGUAUUAUUAAUUUGUGAAGUAAUAUUACUUCACAGACUGUAUGUGUGGAAAUCUCAUUUCUUCAAGUAGUUUAAUCAGAGUAAAAACCUUAAUACUCAUUUUUCAACUAAAUUCUAAAAUCAAUACAAGUAAUGCAAAGUUAUUUUCUUUGUAUAUCACACCCAAGUUCAUACAUUUCUCAUAUGUACAUGUAUUUUGUACUAUCAACUAUUAUGUGUGGACAACUUUUAUUUCCAGAUAUAACGACUGGAUACAAAAGUCACUUCAGUAGUAUUGCAUGUUGCAUGUUUCAUGUUAGCAUAUCCACUAUCUUAUUGAAUUCAACUGAAUAUUUCUAUUGGAUUUCAUUGAAUUUCAGUCAUUGUAUAUUUGUAUAUAUGAUAUUCAAGUCUAAAUGUUUGCCAUGUAAAUGUGUUGAUAUUUUUUUAUAUUUUACAUUUACAAAAGAACUAUAGAAGUAUGAGUAUCAAAACAUUUUAAUUUAAGUGAAUUUUCCAAUGUUCAGUAGUUGAUAUUGUUAAACUAAACUUUUAAAACCUCUAAUGCUAAAGAAAAAACGUGCAUUUACCUGUAAUAACUAAAGUAGACAAAUAUGAGUGCAUCCCUGACUCAAUAUCAUAUCUCACAUAGAUGUGGUUUUUGUAAAAUUACAUUCCAUGCAUUUUCUUUCCAAUUUCAAGGGCAAAACUGUUGAUGCGAGAGAUGUUGAUGUGAGACAUGUAUUUGUGUAGAUGAUUGGUUUAACAAAACGUCAGGUGAAAUGUAGAACAUAUCUAUUCAAUUUGUAUGAUAAACUUUUUGAAGAAGAGAAGAAUUAAAGCAGUUGUAUAGUUUGCAAUGUUUAUAAGAUCAUCUUCUGAUCAUUUCGAACAUCAAAGCA